AUGAAAGAAAGGAGUAUGUUUACCAAAUCGCGACUCGCGAGCAAAGCGAAAGUGGUCCAAGGGAAUUUCACCAACACAGGCGUAAAUGAGAUGAAAUGGCUGAGCGUUUGGGUGGACAAAUCGUGGCAACAUGUGGAUCUCAUCCCAAGAUUACCAAGAACUUUCAUCUCCUUCUCAAUUUGCCUUUAA